AUGUCUACCAAUGAAGAAUAUCACAGCGGUGACUUUCAUGAAGUCAGCUUUAUCGACCAAAAUGGUGAACUAAAAACCACCAAAAUUCCUGUGGUUCAAGAACUUGCACGCCAAGGCCUCAUGACCGAUCACUUUCCCAAGAGGUUCAUCGCCUUCCAACCAACAACACCGGAAAACGACCCUUGCCUCCCGGUAACUCCUCCGGUGAUUGACCUAGCCAAACUACAAGGUGAUGCCACCCGAGAGUCGGAGCUGCGGAGGCUGGCCGAGGCUGUCAAAGAAUGGGGUACAUUUCUGAUCAAGAAUCAUGGGUUGGAAGAUAUGGUACUGAGUGAUGCUAAGAAUGUCGUAAGAGGUUUCUUUGGAUUGAGUUUUGAGGAGAAGAAGGCCAACGUUGGAUCGUAUAAGAGUGUGGAUAACAUGGGAUACGGCAAGAGCUUCGUAAAAUCUGAAGACCAACUGUUGGAUUGGACUGAUAGGCUCACCAUGAAAGCAGCUCCUGUGGAUGAAGCAACUAAUGGCCUCAUGAUAUGGCCUAAAAAACCAGCAAACUUCAGGCAAGCUAUAGAAACAUAUGUGGAAAAAUCAAGAAAAGUUCUCGAUGGGUUGCUCCAAGACCUUGCAGCAUCGUUAUCACUAGAUGAAAAUGCUUUCCUACAAUACUUUGAGCCGAAACAAAGUGAGGUCAAGGUUAGGGUGAAUUACUACCCGCCGUGUCCAAGACCAGAUCUGGCCAUAGGAAUCAUGCCGCACUCUGACGCUAGUGGCCUCACGCUCUUGCUCGAGUUUGGAGCCACGAGUGGCCUCCAAGUGCUAAAGGACAAUCUUUGGACGACCCUCCAAUGGCCCGAGGAUAACAGUUUGCUCGUGAAUAUUGGAGAUUUGGUGGAGAUUAUCAGCAACGGAGUGUUCAAAAGCCCGUGGCAUCGAGUGCGUACACAACUCGACGUGGAACGGUUUUCGUUGGCCUAUUUCUAUAACCCUCCGGCCAAGAGUGAAAUUGGACCGGAGGUGGGAGGUGAUUCUGCAGAGGUGACAUAUAAGAAGGUGGUGGUGGAGGACUAUGUGUCUAAUUUUUACAAAAUUUCCCCAAGACCUAGUAAGGAGGCAAUGGAGUAUGCUAAGCUUACAUAA